AUGUUGUUCACGUCUAUCGGUAUGAGCUCAUCUCUAAUACAAAUUGCUUGAAUUGUGUUGUUUUUGCAAAUAAGAUAAUAAUUUUAUCGGUCUGCGAAACCCCAGGAUUCAAUCAGUUACGUCGCUUUCUGAAAAGCGUCUGACAUGGAGGAGAAUAGCUUAAUUUAUGGCUUGGAGUUGCAAGCUCGAGCGUUGACGCCACAAUACGGGGAGAGCAAUGACGUGUGCUUUUUUAUUGCUACUAAUUCAUUAAAGCCCACAAAUCAGUUGCAUUUGCUGCAAUACGAUGAAGAGCAGGGCACCAUACAAUCCAAGAUUUUUGAGCAUGCUUUGGGCGAAGUGUGGAAACUUAACAGUUGUCCACACGACGCACGUUUGCUGGCAUCAGUUUAUAAUGUGCAGAAAGGAGCGCAAGUGUUGUCCCAGGCAGCAUUAUUAACAUUACCCGAAGACGAUCCCAACGCAUCUAGCAAUGAACCCUUAAAAAGCGAAUAUAUUCCCUGGGCCAAAGUUGAAGUGUUAGACACCGCCAGCUUGGGGGAUCGAGUCAAAACCAUUGAGUUUCAUCCCAGCCAAGAGCAGACUAUUGCAUGUGUUGCGGGCAACAAGUUGGCAAUCAUGCAACGCGCCGAGUCUGCAACUCGUGUAGUAGCCGAAGCCAGCAGCAAUUCAAGCGGCGCCAAGAGCGUGUCGUCAUUCACCAGCGGCAAGUGGUCGCAUCAUCAUCAGGGCCAUCAGUUUGUGGUGCUGCACGAUAGCAGUGUGCGUGCCUACGAUGUGCGUGAUUCCCAGCACUGUGCCUGGAGCAUAGAUGACUCACAUGGUCAGCUGGUGCGCGAUUUGGACUGCAAUCCCAAUAAGCAAUGCCACCUAGUCACUGGUGGCGACGACGGUUGCCUUAAGGUGUGGGAUUGCCGCAUGGUCAAAGCACCAGUCUUUGAGCGCAGCGAUCACUCGCAUUGGCUGUGGUCCGUGCGUUUUAAUACAUUCCACGAUCAGCUCAUCUUGUCCAGCUCUAGUGAUUGCAAAGUGCUUCUUACUUGUGCUGGUUCUGUUAGCUCCGAAGCUGUGCCAAGUGAUGUGAGUGAAGCAUCAGCACAGGAACGCCAUAAAGUCCUUUCUGAUGGUCUAUUACAAACAUUUGAUCAACACGAGGAUUCGGUUUAUUGCGCUGAAUGGAGCAAUGUUGAUCCCUGGAUAUUUGCUUCUUUGAGCUAUGAUGGACGCGUUAUAAUCUCAAAGGUACCCAAACAGUACAAGUACCAAAUUAUUUUCUAACUAUUAGCACAUAAUUUACUAGUUAAUAAAUAUAUAUGUAAUAUUUACAGUA